GAUUGUUAGGAAUCUCUGCUUGCUGAGGUUGCUUUUGCCACACAUGCUCUAAGUGGUAUUUAAAGUCAACCUCCCCCCCACCAACUCACCAACACACUCACAUUUCCAAAGGCUUCCCUCCCCUUCUAGAAUGGAGUGGUCAAAAAAGGAAUAGAGGCAGUGAGUGAACAAGACAGAAUCGAUAAGGUACCAGGGAUCCUACCAUAACUUGAAGUGCCCACAAGGACUUCUAUUUUGCAUAAUCUGGCACUAUUAGACUUCUCCAGGCAGGAUUUGGAAAUCACUGAAUUUCUGCAGGGAUCAAUACAUUUCAAGUAACCUGGAAUCAUACAUACCAAGAGGAAACUUUAACAUAGCUGAUCCCAGAGAAAGGAACUAGUUAACAAUGUCCAUGACCUACAAUGAUGCUGGGUGUGAGGAGGCCACCAUUAACAGUUUCUGGAUGCCAGGAAACUACCACAGUACCGUGAAGCGUGUUGAAGAAGGGCACCAUAUCUGUAAUGACAUUAUUGCUUGUUUCCAGGAGAGGGCCAAGAUUGAGAAGCAGUACUCCCUGCAGAUGGAGGAGUGGAUGCGGAAGUGGAGGCCCCUUGUAAAUGGAAGUUCAAUGUAUGGCACUCUGCUAAAGGCAUGGCAAGCCUUCAUGACAGCCACAGACCGCCUAAGUGAGUUCCAUGUGGAGAUCCAGAAAUCCCUUGUGGCAGAUGACAGUGAAAAGAUCCAAAAGUGGCAGAAAGAUAUGUAUCAUAAGAAGAUCUUUGGGGGAUUUAAGGAAGCCUAUGAGAUUGAAAGUGGAUUUUACAAAGCACAAAAGCCUUGGGCCAAGAAACUGAAAAAACUUAAUAAGGUCAAAAGAGUAUUCCACAAGAUAUCAAAAAAGGAGCAUCUGGCAACAGUGCGUGAAAAUAACAUUAAGGGGAGCAAAGAUGUCACUCCAGAAAAGCAAAAGAAGGCACAAGAGGAACGUGAGAAAUACACACAGGAAAUGGAAAAGGUGAAGCAACGGUACCAGAAGGCACUGGAUGACCUUAACAGAUAUAACCCCAGAUACAUGGAGGAGAUGGAGUCAGUAUUCGACCUGAGUCAACAGUUUGAGCAGAAACGCAUUGCCUUUUUCAAACAGGCCUUCCUGUCCAUCCAUCGACACCUGGAUAUUACCAACAAUGAAAGUGCCAAAGUUAUCUAUGGUGACCUUCUCCAAACGAUAUCAUCUGUCAGUGAGCAAGAAGAUCUUAAGUGGUGGAGAAGCCAGCGAGGCCCUGGGAUGCCAAUGAAUUGGCCCCAGUUUGAGGACUGGAACCCUGAGAAAGACCGUCAGAUUGUGAAGAAGAAAGGGAAGAGGGAAACAGAUAAAGUAACACUACGUAGUAUCACUCCUACAGAGAGUAGUAUAAGUAAGGCUGGUCUGAACGUGCCAGGUGGUGUGCGUGUGCGAGCAGUUUACGAUUACACAGGGCAAGAAGCUGAUGAGCUCACAUUCAAAGCAGGUGAUGAACUGAUGAAGAUUGAAGAUGAAGAUGACCAGGGUUGGUGUAAAGGAGUCACUGAGAGAGGUCAAGUUGGACUUUACCCAGCCAAUUAUGUUGAAAUUAUUCAAUAAAUAUGUUUCAUCUUUUUUAAAAACUAUAAUUUUGGGUUGACUGCAUGAGUCUUGGAAAAAAAACUUAAAAUGUAUUAUGUAUGAUAUUUUACAAAUAGGAAUUAUGAAAAUAAUACCCCCUGCCACCCGUUAAGGAACAGUUGAUAAAUCAGUUGUGGCAGCCUCAACUCCCUACAAAAGUUAUUUUCUAGUGGAGUUUAAUGUUUUCUUUAUUGUUUCCUGAUAUUCAUACAGUUUGAUUAUUUUCCCAUAGGAACAUGACCUCUUAUUGUCUCCUUGUAUUUAGUGCAAUAAUUAUCUUUUAUUCUCAAGAUGUCAUGCACAAGGGAUGGAUAAACAGGAGCUGUGCUCCUGUCUAUGUAUGUGACAGGGAGAGAAAGAAAGAUGAGAUGCACCUUAAGUAAUUUUAAAGAAAAAAUAUACAGCAAAUUGCUUUUCUGAAAAUGGCCAAGUAAGAAUCAUAAAACUAUGGUUCAGAAGGACACUGAGAUACAUUUUAUAUCAAUCUUCGAUUUGUAUUUGUUUUCUUUAAGAGGAUUCUGAAAGAGUCACAACCACUGGUUAUGGAAAAGCAGCUGAACAUACUGAACGCAUAUCAUGAAGUCAAAGUCUGUACAAGUAAUUAAAGUAUGUGGAUGUUUUAAUCUCUGUGAAUGUUUUUUUUCUAACUGAUGUUAGAGCAUCAUUUUGAAUACUUCCAAAUUAUGAAUCCUUUCAGCACGUAUAGAAAUAAAGACCAGAAAUAUA